UCGGUGAAACAACACUCACCUGUCCGCACCGAGAGGAAACAGGCUCGUGCUCAGAACCGGACACAUGCACCGGGAGAACGUGCCGCUCGGUCUGUAACGUGACACGUUUUGGCGGGUUUGUUUUUCCGGUGUUCGUGCGGAUUGUUUCCACGAAGAAGAAACACGAUGCGAAAUGUUCACCUGAACAAUGAGACGUGCACGAACGGGUCGGUGGUCCGGGUGUGGUGCGGCUCUCAGUCUGUGGUGUGUUCACUCAGCGGAGAUCAAACGCUGUUCUACACAACGGACAACAACAGCACACACACCACAGAUGUGCAGUCAGACGUUACCUACAACCCGUGGCUUGGCCUGACGCUGGCCCUGCUGUCGGCCUUCCUGAUUGGUGGGAGCGUCAUUCUGAAGAAGAAAGCUCUCCUCCGAUUGGCCAGCAACGGACACACCAGAGCAGGUGAUGGAGGUCACGGCUACCUGAAGGACUGGCUGUGGUGGGGCGGCCUGUUGACCAGUAAGAGUUUGAUGUGUCACCUGUGUGACUGGAGCACCAUCACUUUCAUUUAUGUCUGUAGAGACAUCAGUUUCAUCUGUGUUCACUACACAAAUGUCUUUGUCCUGCGAUGGUCACAUUGUUUUUUUAAUCAGACAGUUUUAUCACAGCGUGUUAUAAACCAGUUGAUGAAUCGUACUCUAAAACUCAUCUGUGUUUUUCUCUGUUUAGUGUUAUAUGAUAUUUCAGUGCUCGCCAGUCCUCUCAUCUGGAUCCUGCUCGUCACGCUCAUCGUCUCCAUAGUAACACAGGUGAACUACCUGAACAAGUCUCUGGACACCUUCAACACCCUGCUGGUCUACCCCAUCUACUACGUCCUCUUCACCACUGUGGUUCUGUCCACCUCCAUCAUCCUCUUCCAGGAGUGGAGGAGCAUGGCGGCCGUGGAUGUGGUCACCACGCUGGGGGCGUUCCUGGUCAUCGUGGUGGGCGUGUCCAUGCUCCACCUGUUCAGAGAGCUGCAGUUGACGAUGAAGCAGCUGACCAGUCAGCUGUCUCAGCCGGUGGAGAGGGAGGGGCUUGCAGACGAGGUUUCAGCCAAUGAACGACCAGCAGCAGGAGGAGGAGGAGGAGGAGGAGGAGGAAGCAGGAGUAAAAAGGAGGAUAAAUAUGGACUGAUGGACAACAUGGUGAUAGAGAGUCUUCCUCCUAUGAGAGAGGAAGGGCCGAGAGUCUUCAUCAUCAGCUGAGAGGGACAGAGGUUUGUGUUUCCUGUCUGGGCGGGGCUGUCGUCCUCGCGCUGAUACUGUAAAUCUGUGUGCACUUUAUUUUAACGGCCUCUAGUCUGACGACGUUUCAGUUCACCACUGACGUCUGUCAGCGUUCAAAACAAAAUUUACUGUAAAGGUUCUGAAACCAGAGAAACUGAGCUGCUCACACUGAGUCACUGCACACGUCCAAAUACUGGAUAUAAACUGUCCAAGAGUUAUUUAAGACUGACUGAAAUCAAACUGUUUAAACCAACUGUGGAGGACAUGUGAGACACUUUAUUACGUCGAUGUAUCUCUGAACAGGCUCACCGGGUUCAGGAUUCAAAGAGACAUCAAACAGCUACAGAGAGAAUUAAUGCGACCACAAAUACACAGAAAAGGAUCAAAAAGAGACACAAAGAGAUGGAAAACAAUAAUCAACAGAAUUAAUACAACUUCAGAGACACAAAAAGAAACUACAAAGAGACAACAGAUGGCUACAAAGAUGUAUAGGACGACUACAAAGACACAAAACAUCUGCAAAGAGACAUAAAACGACUACAAAGAUACAUUAAAUGACGUCAAAGACACAAAACAACUAUAAUGAGACACCAAGCAGCUACAAAGAGGCACGACCUCAAAGGCACAAAACAACUGCAAAAAUACAAAACGACUACAAAGAUGCGUAAAACAACUUCAAAGAGACAAAGGACUACAGAGAUGUAUAGGAUGACUACAAAUACGCAGAUCAACUAUAAAGAGAACUGAGACAAUGACAGAGGCACAAAACAACUUCAGAAAGAUUCAACAAUAGAAAAUAAAGAGGUGAAAUGUUUUGUGUAAAUGAAAGUGUAUUAAAAUAAUGAUGUAAUGAAUCCUUAUGUUGCCGUAGUAACGAUAGACACUUGAAAUGACCAGUGUAAACUGGACGUCUGUUGUUCCUGUUGAAGGAGGCGACAGGUGUGUUCAGUAACACCAGGAAACAUAUAUGAAACCUUUAGUUUCCCUCAGUGACCUCAUCAGCCUUCAGCCAUCAACCAGUCUGAUUGAAAUGAAUCAGCUGUUCAGAGUUUCUUCCUGUCGACAAAUCCCUCAGAAAAAAUAAAAGUCUCUCAGUACUCUGAGUUUCCUCCUGUCUGUGGCGAAUUUUAUAAAACCCAGCACUGCAGCUGAUGAUCACCUGAUGAUCACCUGACGAUCACCUGAUGUUCACCUGAUGAUCACCUGACGACCACCUGACAACCACCUGACGAUCACCUGAUGAUCACCUGACGAUCACCUGACGAUGUGAACAGUAGCUGCUGUGUGAGGACGCCACCUGACACCUGCUCUGACCUGAGUUCAGUUUAAAUAAAUAACAGGCUGCAGUGUAUUGAGGUCACACACACAGGUGUAACCAGAGAGCGCAGACCUCGGCUCUGUGUGUACGUUUCACUCUGCUGUACAGUAACUACACCUCAAAUCUACGUCUCAGGUAGAAUCAAACAACACAGGUGGUUUACCUCUGAAGCUCCAGAGCUGUGUGCAGAAACGUUAACGUGCAGCACUGCUGUUUGUUUGACAUCAUUCUCAUGUACAUCUUAUUUUCAAACAGGGACAAAAAAAUCUGUCUUUGCAUUUUAUUUUGAUCAGUCUGUUUUUACAAAAGUGCUCCUGACGUCUGUAAUGAGGCUUUGACUCGACAUUAGAGACAUGGAGCCCUUCUGAGACACACACCCAUCAGCCAGAACAUUCACACCACAGGUGAAGUGAAGAACUGUGUCUGUUGCACCUUUGGUUCAUUCAUGUGAAUACCACCUGACAUGUUCAGCCACUCAAACACCGGUCAGUGAUCUGUGUGUAUCGUGCAUCACCAGCCAGCCUGAAAAUACAGAGAUAUGAGCCCUGAUUCUCAGAGUGAAGGCAGCCUGAUGAAGGUGUCAGCCGAUCAUAAUCAGUUUUAGUUCGUUUUGAGAUUAACGUCUCGUCUAUUUAAGUCGGGGGUCGUCAGCCUUCGCUAUCCAAAGAGCCAUUUUUGGCCAAAAAGGAGCAGCUGGAGCAGCAAAACAUAUUUGAUCAUAUCAUAAUAAAACUUACAGCCAGUUCAUCAACAUCACCAACUGAUCUGUACGAGCGUUCACCAACAUGUUUCAGUGCGAGGCAGCUCCUCUGCACUCAGAUAGUUAUCAUUAUUUGGUGCUUGAACUCUGCAGCGUUGCCGAUGGAAGCAAACCACUCUGUCGGUGCACCGUUAAAGUCUCUUUUUUCCUCUGAGACUUUUUCCCUUUUUGGAUUUAGAGUCCACAGCGAGGAAAGCUCAAGACGACUGUCGCCAUCACCCGUGCUGUUGUGGAGGAAGAGGCUCCAGGCCAGACGUACGACACCUUUUAGUGGACGAAAUGUUUUUUUAAAUCGCUACACAGGCUGCACAUUUAUACAGCUGAAGAAUGUGAGAUUCACUUUAAGCCUACAGAAUAAAUGAAAAUUGAAAAUGUAUUUAUAAUUUAAUUUCCAUGUAGGUUUCUGUUGAAGCCACAGGGAGCAGCUGGAGAGCAGCACGUGGCUCCGGAGCUGCAGGAUGCCGACCCCUGAUAUGAUAAACCCCUGGUUUAAGUCACCACAACACAUAAUGAAAUAUUAAUAAUCAGAAGAAAACACUGAACUUAUUGUUGACUCUGAUCUGUUCUGUGGAUUUGUUGACAAUUAGAAAAAUACAGAAUAUCAGCAGAUUUAUUCUUUGUUCCUCCCAUCGCACUUUAUUCACUUUAACGAUCAUUUCAAAACCUUUAUGGACCUAAAACACAUUUCAUGACUUUAAAUGAAUGAUUAUAAAGAUACAAAUCUGAUGUCAGACGUCACUGUAAUAAUGUGAAACAUUUAUCCAGUUUUAUUUUUGUUAGUUUGUAUUUUGUGUUGAGCAGUGACUGAGGUCGUUUUCUCAUCAGCACCACUAACGAAAUAUUUCAAAUAUUAGUCGUCAGUUUGUCGUCGUCAGACCAGAGGCCCCGAGGUCAAACAGAUCAGGUUGUUUUAAAUGAAGGAAAAAGAAAAUCAAAUCAGGGAAUCGACCUGGUUUGUAGACGAUGAGAGACUCUGUGGUUUCAGGAGACGACAGAGUUCAGAGUGAGACGUCUCUCUGCUUCUUCUUCGUCUUCUUCUUCUUCCUGUUACUGACUCGUCUUCUGGUGUUUCAGAUUGUGUCUGAACGUCCUCUCUGCCGACAGCUGGAGUUUAUGAAGCAGCCGACACACAGACUCUGAAAUAUUCUGACCAUUGUUGAGUGUUUUUAUAACCUCAAUCUGUCUCACAGCACAAACACAAAACUGUGCUCAGGCAGUAGAGCCACACUGAGCUGCAGAACAGUCCAGUCAGUAUGAGAGUACAGUGGAACAACACAGGCAUAAUGAGUACAUACAGAGUGUAUAUGAACACACUCGAUGAUGGUCAGUGUAUUGAUGUGUAACGUGUGUGUGUGUGUGUGCGCAGCUGAAGACUCGUCUGCUGAUGACGCUCAGAGGAACAAACCAAUCAGACUCAUUAUUGACUCACAGAGUUUUGAUGCUGCAAACUUAAAGGAACGUUCUGCUGCUCUGCUCUGUUCAUGGCUGACACACAACACUUUGCAUUAAUGCUGUCAGUUAGAGGUUAUGAUGUCACAGCAGGUGAAACUUCACUCAGGUGAACACACUUCCUCUCUGAGCGUCAGGUGUUCAGAUUGAUUCUCUGUAUGCUAAAUAUGUAGCCACAGCUGCUUAGCUUAGCUUAGCUUAGCUUAGCAUGAAGACUGGAAACAGGGGGAAACAGCUAGCCUGGCUCUGACUAUAGAUUAGAUCCACUGAUCAGUUGAUCCUGGUUUAAUCUGAGCAAAACCUGCAGACUGCCGUCGGGUUCGAGCCGCGGGUUACACAACAAACUGUUUUUACUCUUUAGUUUCUGAGCAGGAUCAACAAACAGGUCAGGUACGGAUAUACUGACUUAAUUUGAAUUUUGUUAUUUGCAGGAUGUAGAAAAUCUCAACAUUGAGACAGUCGAAUCAUUACGAUGCCACAAAAUGGAGCAGAUACGUUAACCGUCUUCUGUCGGGUUCAGACCACAUGAUAUCAGCCUGGUUACAGCCCAACGUGGCGUCGUACUGUGCCGGCUCAGAUCGUGAACGAGUGUUGUACUGAUAAUCCAUGGUUUCAUCUGGUGUAGUGUGUCAUAGUAGACAACAACUGACGCCACGUCUGGGACGCCUCACGACGUCCCGCAGAAAGUCUAGCAUGUUUGAUUUUCUUCUCCCGUCACAGCCGUCACUUUGACCAAUAGGAACACAGAACGAUCUGUUGCCAUGGAAACUGUAUGACAACAACAGGCCAGCCUUGUAGAUAUUUCCUGCAGGGACGUUAGCACACAGAGUAAAAAGGAAACGGCAGAAACGACAUUAAAGAGGACUGUCUGAACAGGCCGAGGGUCCAGGUACCACGUCUGAAGGGUUAGUGUUGGUCAGAGGUGCUGGACUCAAAGGGUUUAACUGUUCUGUCAUGUAGCGGAGUUGCUAACGUUAGCUCGCAGCCAGCCUGCUGAUGUCCCGCUGAUGGCCUGAAACAGAUUAAACUUGCGGUCUGAUCUCUGUUUAGUUGGAGCCGUCUGUUUGAAUAAUUCGUAUGAAGAAGAGUUAAAAAACAAAUGUGAUGCUCAAUCAUGUUUUAAUCUUCGUACAUCUUGUAGCAAAACAAGCUUGAAAAAAGUUGAUUUAAUAUUUUAACUAUUCUGAAAAAAAGCUGUUUCCAGUCUUUAUGCUAAGCUAAGCUAAGAUAAGCUAACUGACUGUAGCUUCAUAUUUACUGUACAGACAUGAGUGUCGAACUCUCUGAACUGUUCCUUUAAAAUCACAUCAUCAGAACAAACUUUGACAACAGAACACAGACGUAUUUUUAUUUUUUAUCUGCAGCAGAUUUUUAGUUUCUGCAAGUUUGUAUUUUAAAAUUACUUUGAACCAAAUUUGGCUUUUGAGGAAGCAAAAAACAGGUUUAUGUUUUAGAAACUGAGCAUUUAUACAAAGCUGUGUGAUUUAAAGUUCAACUAUCGGAACAAAAACAAAAACUCGUUUCAAUAAAGAACAACAUG